CUUAUGCGAUCAGCAAACUCUGUCAGCAGCAAGCUUAGCCUCCAUUUUCAAAUUUGGGUUCCCCGAAGCUCCAAUCAUUGAAUAUAUCAUUUUGGAGAGUGUUUGUAUGGUUUCAACUAGUUCUCUUGUGGUGAUUCUUGCUGCUUCGUAGAGGAAUAUGCAGGCUGCCAACUUCUUUGAGCUCUUACUUGUGGCAUUAACUUGUUUCCAGUUUCUGGGAAUUUCUCAUGAGUCAAAGUUACCUCAAGAUGAAGUUCAUGCUCUUCAAGAAAUUACAAGAACAAUGGGAGCAAGCUAUUGGAAGAUUAAUGAUUCCUGCGGAAUCGAUACAGUUGAUGUAACACAGGAACUCUCUCCUGGAUCAGAGAGAAGGCUAGAAUGUGACUGCAAAUUUGAAAACAACACAGUCUGCCAUGUUGUAAAAAUGACUCUCAAGCGCCUUAGCCUCCCCGGCAUGCUUCCAGCUCAACUGGUCAAGCUACCCUAUCUUCAAGAAAUAGAUUUUGCUUACAAUCUCUUUACUGGUACUAUUCCAAAGGAAUGGGCUUCGAUGAAUCUAACUUCAAUCUCUCUUCUUGUGAACCGCUUAUCAGGGGAAAUUCCUAAGCAUCUAGGGAAUAUUACUUCUCUCACAUACCUGAUGCUUGAAGCAAACCAAUUUUCUGGGGUCAUUCCUCCUGAGCUUGGGAGCCUAAUCAAGUUGCAGACGUUGGUACUGUCAUCCAAUCAAUUGACCGGGGACUUACCAGGGACCCUUGCUGGGUUGCAGAAUUUGACUGACUUUAGGAUAAAUAAUAACAACUUCAAUGGAAGCAUACCUAACUUCAUACAAAACUGGAAGCUUCUGCAAAGACUAGAAAUGCAUGCAAGUGGACUAAAGGGACCAAUCCCAUCAAAUGUAUCAUUUUUGGAGAAAUUAAAACAGCUGAGAAUCAGUGACAUAAAUAGUCCUAGUCAAGGUUUUCCUUUGCUGAAAAACAUGCCAUACAUGGAAAUAUUAGUUUUGAGGAACUGUAACCUUACUGGGGAGAUACCUUCGUACAUCUGGAGAAUGAUGAAUUUGAUAACAUUGGAUGUCAGUUUUAAUAAGAUAUUUGGGCACAUUCCACCAGUUAUAUAUACCAGACGUCUGAGAUAUAUGUACCUUACAGGAAAUAUGCUAAGUGGAAAUGUACCAGAAAUCUUGAACGGUGGAAGUAGCAUUGAUCUUUCGUACAACAACUUUACUUGGCAAGGCCCCGAGCAACCUGCUUGUCAGGAUAACAGGAACUUGUAUCUGAAUUUGUUCAGAAGCUUUAAAAAGAAGAACAAGUUAGAAGAAUAUGUCCCUUGCUUAGAGAAUUUCAAUUGUCAACAGUAUUCAACUUGCUUGCACAUAAAUAGUGGUGGGAUGGAUGUAAAGAUAACAGAAAAUAAGGGUGAACACCUUUAUUUAGGGGAUGGAAAUGUUGGCGGCGGUUCAGCAACAUACUACUAUAGCAGCAGUGAUAACUGGGGGUUCAGUAGUACUGGAGACUUCAUGGAUGAUUUUGAAUCCCAGAAUAUAAGAUACACUGUAUCUCUGCCAUCUUCAAAUAUGCCUGAACUAUAUUCGACAGCUCGUAUAUCUCCACUUUCACUUACUUAUUUCCAUAAUUGCAUGGAGAAUGGGAACUACACUGUAAAUCUCCACUUUUCUGAAAUACAGUUCACAAAUGAUAAUACAUAUACAAGUCUGGGGAAGCGCAUAUUUGAUAUCUAUGUUCAGGAACAAUUAAUUCGGAAGGAUUUAAAUAUUGAGAGUGAGACAAAAGUUGCUCAAAAACCACUGAUAUUGCCGAUAUAUAAUGUCAGUGUCACAAAUAAUGUCUUGGAGAUCCGGUUCCAAUGGGCAGGAAAAGGAACAACUAGAAUUCCUGAUAUAGGAGUUUAUGGUCCCAUUGUGUCAGCAUUGUCUUUUUUUUCUGAUUCCAGACCUUGCUCAAAUGGUGGAAAGAAUGGUGUUAAUAAGUUCAUUGCAAUCGGAAGCGCUGCUCUAUGCUUAGUGCUUUUUAUGGCAGGGAUCAUUUGGUGGAAAGGCUGUUUCAAAGGAGAACUCCAAAAGACAGAAGAUAUUCAGUCGGGAACUUUCAGCGUCAAACAGUUGAGAGCGGCCACUAAUGACUUCUCUUAUGAUAAUAAAAUUGGAGAAGGCGGUUUUGGUCCUGUGUACAAGGGUCAGUUACCUGAUGGUACUGUUAUAGCAGUCAAGCAACUAUCAUCAAUGUCACGGCAGGGAAAUCGUGAAUUUCUAAAUGAAAUAGGCCUAAUAUCUUGUUUGCAACAUCCUAACCUUGUGAAACUUUAUGGAUCUUGCAUUGAAGGGGAUCAACUACUGUUGGUAUAUGAGUACAUGGAAAAUAAUAACCUUGCCCGUGCUUUAUUUGGCAAUGAAAACAAUCGGAUUCAACUGGAUUGGCCCACAAGAGUUAGGAUCUGCAUUGGCAUUGCAAAAGGUCUUGCAUUCCUUCACGAAGAGUCAAGGCUCAGGAUUGUGCACAGAGAUAUCAAGGCUACUAAUGUGUUACUCGAUGGCAAUUUAAAUCCUAAAAUAUCGGAUUUUGGUUUGGCAAAGCUUAAUGAAGAAGAGAAGACACAUAUCACGACUCGAGUUGCUGGAACUAUAGGAUAUAUGGCGCCGGAAUAUGCAUUAUGGGGCCAUCUAACAUAUAAGGCAGAUGUUUACAGUUUUGGUGUCCUAGCCUUAGAAAUUGUUACUGGAAAAAGCAAUAACAAUUAUGUGCCAGAUAAUGGAGCUGUUUGUCUUCUAGAGUGGGCGUGCCAGUUGCAACAAAGUGGAAAGUUAAUGGAGUUGGUAGAUGAAAGAAUGGGGUCAAUGGGUGAUGAAAGGGAAGCAGAAAAAGUGCUCAAAGUAGCUCUUCUGUGCACAAAUGCAUCACCAUCACUCAGGCCCGCAAUGUCUGAGGUUAUAAAUAUGCUUGAAGGACGAAUGGAUAUUCCAGAGGCAGUUCCAGAAGCUGGUGCUUACAAUGAAGACUUGAGGUUUAAAGCCUUGAGAGAUCUUGAUCAAUGGUCAAGGCAGAGUUUGAAUGGAAGCCAGACUCAAUCUUCAGUGUCACUCCAUACCUUCAGCUUAGAAUCCGUCAAUACUUUAACGGGUUGUUCUACGGAUCAUCAGUUAGUCCACAAAAGUGAGAUUUCACCUUCAAAGGCUAGUUCAACACUAUGAUGGAUUCUUAACAGAUGGCACAUCGGAUGAUCUGGCUCCACCAUGUCGGGGUUAAAAUUUUGACCCCAAGUCAUUAAAUUUAAUCUACAAUUUUGCAUUAAGUAGAGAGGGAGAGAGAGUGAGGGGUAUAAAAGGUCGUGGCUGUAUAUAAUAUCAAAUUUAACCCUUUUUGAACCCAUUUUCUUUAAUCCUUACUGUAAACA